AAUUAGCUGGGAUCAGUCCAACGCAAACCGUGCCACCGAGUGGAAGUAAAUUACUACUAUCAGAGUGAAGAGUGUAUUGAAACCCUAGCAAAAUAUCAAUUCGAUCCGAGUCGAAUCGAAUCGAUUUUUAAGCAAACAUAUCACGUAUACGCCCGGUAACACAGCCGAAUAUCGAGAAAUGUCGCCGAGGAAGAGCUUGUUGGGCUGCCUGCUGGUCAGCGCCAUCCUAGUGCUGCACCAGGCUCAGGCCAAUGUCGAGACAAACGAAGUGGAUACCCCCGAACAUUACAUGCUGCAGGGCGUGCGUGUAUAUCCCAACGAUCGUCAGUGCGUUCUGGUCGGAGGACUGUGUGUGAAAACGGAGGACUGCCUGGAACCCACCACGAACAAGGGAUUGUGUCCCACGAGUCAAGGACAGGGCGUGGAGUGCUGCUACGAACUGCCGGUUAGACCAGCGCCCUGUGCGGAACACUUGGGACAGUGCAUGGACCGAUGCCAUCAGAGGCUCCUGCGACCCGGUAACGACUGCGAGAAUGGCCAAGUCUGCUGUGUCCUGAUUUAGUUAUACUUAACCACACCAAAAAACACAUAACCGUGCAGAGAAAGAACCAUACCAAAUCGGUCAUAAUUCCGUUUUUCACAACAAAAUCAGCAAAUCAGCGUGACUUUUAAAAUGCCAAAAGGGCAUAAGUUUUCUAGAGUUUUCGAAGAAUUUAAUAUUUUAGUUGCUUUUAGUUUUUUAUUAAUUUAUUUAUAAUUUAUUAUAAUUAUUCAGUUUGAAUACAACACCUAACUUUCGCGUGACUAAGAAAAAAUUUAAAAUCUUAAGUUUGAAGAAGUAGAGAUUUAUUCCAAAGCUUAUCUUGUUUGAAGAAAAUAAAAAUAUUUAAUUUUGGCCUUCAUAUUAAUAUGCUCAAAAUUAAAAAAAGUUGCAAAAAUUGGUUUAAAGCAGUUUGGAACUUAUUUGGCUGUGUUAUUUCUCUGCAUACACACACACGCCGUACAUAAACAUGUAUUUAUUUAACUAUAUGUAUAUUAAUUAUAUUGUACGAAUACUUUUGUAUGACAUCUUAAGAACCCCACACAUCCCCCAACAAAGUGAAAUAUUUGACUGCUUCCAAUAAAUGCAUUGUAAAUAUUUUCGAAAA